AUGAUCAAUGAUUUGGUUAAGAAAGGUCCAAAACGAGAUUUAAAUAUGAAUAAGGGUCCCGUUGAUAAACAUGGAAGACGAUUUUCUACAAGCAUACAAGGGCAUCCGAAAGGCACGUUGGAUGGUGAAGGUUUUUCAGAUUGGAAACAUGCUACUAGACUUAAAGAUCAUGAAUUUGACCCGAUUAUGAAAGAACAUGUGCGGCGUAUCGUGAAUGAUGAAACCCGCAUACAUUAUCUUGGACACAAUAUCCAAAACGAGUUAAUACUAUUGUUAGCCGAUAAAGUUAAAGCAGAAAUCAUCAAGAAAAUAAAGCAAGAAAAGUACUAUUCCAUCAUACUUGAUUGCACACCCGACACAAGUCAUCAAGAGCAAAUGUCCAUAAUUGUGAGGUAUGUUAAUGAUACCACCAUUGAGGAAUCUUUUUUAGGUUUUUUAAUUGUUGAUGAUAUCACUGGUAAAGGACUUUUUGAUGUUACUGUUAAGGAAUUAAAGUCUCUUGGUCUUCAUAUCAAUGAUAUGCGAGGUCAAGGCUAUGAUAAUGGAGCAAACAUGAAAGGGAAACAUAAUGGAGUUCAAAAGAGAUUCUUAAUUGAAAAUCCUAGAGCUUUAUAUGUUGCUUCUGGUUGUCAUAGUCUUAAUCUUGCAUUGCGUGACAUGGCUAACACGUGGCAAAUUUUGAAAGACAAUGUUAAAGGAUUGACUCUUAAGUCUUUGUCUGCCACUCGUUGGGAAAGUCGUGUAGAUAGUGUUAAGCCUAUUCGAACACAACUUGUAGAUGCAAGAAAAUAUUUGCUUAGAGUUAGGUUUAAUGAUAAUGAUGCUAAAAUUCAAAGCGAAGCUAAAUCACUAGCAGAAAAAGAACUUGGUGAAUUUGAUUUUUUGGUAGCAACCGUCAUUUGGUAUGAAAUAUUAACAACGGUGAACGUGGUGAGCAAAAAGUUACAAUCGAAGGAUAUGAUUCUUGAUGUUGCCAUUGAUGAAGUGGGCAAGUUUAUUAAACAUUUCAAGAAUUAUAGAGAAGUAGGGUUCGAUAAGGCGAUUAAUGAAGCUAAAGAAAUUGCAAAUGAAAUGGGUGUUGAUACGCGAUUGCUUCUCUUGAAACAAGAUUCGAACAAUACCAACAAUACGAAAAAAUAUUUGGCUUUUUGUUUCCUAAAAAAAUUGAGGGAACUUACUGAAAAAGAUCUCAAGUCUCGUUGUUAUAGUCUUCAAGAUGCAUUGAAGUUUAAAGACGAAUCCGAUGUUGAUGUUGAUGAACUUUAUGAGGGGUUGAAAUUAGAGUUCUUGACUAUUCCGGUAACAGUAGCAUUAGUAGAAAUAAGCUUCUCAAAGUUGAAGUUGUUGAAGACUUACUUACAAUCGAGUAUGUCCCAAGAAAGACUCAAUGGCUUAGCAAUGAUAUCUAUUGAAAACGACAUAUUAGAGACUAUGGAUUACGAAGACUUGAUCGAAAGCUUAGCUUCCAGAAACGCUAGGAAAGCCGCACGAUUCUCUUAA